AUUUCCCUAUAUUAUUUUAGAUUAUAAUUUUAUGUUAUUGUUUUUAGCGUUGAAAAUUGACGUAAUUUUUAAGGUUUUAAACAUAAUCUAGUUUAUUUCUUUUGCUAUUCAAAGCAAAAGUUUUUUCAAAAUAACAGUCUGUAACUAUUGGUAAGUUCUAUUGGAAUAAUUUAUAUUUUACUAAAGCUAUGUAUAAAACCUGAUAAAUGCUAUAUACAUUAAACUGAUAAUCAAAUAUAUUAUUAGCCUCUUACUAUUAAGUUUAUUGGUAUUAUAAUUUAUUUAUACUACCAAUAAACUUAAUUUAACAUAUCCUAAUUUAUUUAUAUUAUGUUAAAUUAUUAUUAAAUAAAUAUAUCUCUUUGUCUGCUAUAUCUGAUUCAAACAAAAUAGCUGUGGUUUUGUUGUUUUUUAUUUUGCUGUGCAUGCUUUAUUAAUAUUUUUUUCAAUAUAAAGAUCAAAAUAAGUCAUAACUAGUCAAAUUGCAUUCUCACCACUCUGGUCCCCAUUCCCCUAUUCUUAAAAGUAAAAUGCAAACUUUACAGGAAAAAACCCCAGAAGAUUCGUAGUAUCCACAUUGUGUGUUGAUUUCUGUAAUUUCUAUUUAAAGCAGUUGAAAUAUAUUUAAAACAACAUUCCAUGUUUCUGCUAAUGUUAUGCACACAAAUUUAAUUUCAUCGAAAGUAUUUGUAUCUAUAUUGUAUAUGUACUUCAAUAUGUGUUUGUGGAUUUGUAUGUUUUUGGCAUUGUUAGGUGGUUAUAGACUCAAACACUGUGGACCUAAAGAGCUUAGAGUGUUCAAAUAUUUUCUUUUUUUCGCUAGCAUCAGAAAGAUUAGAUCAACGUAUUUUCAGUGGACGUCUGUGGCGGAAAUUCGUAUUUUUCUCGUAUAUGAGCGCUAAAUAUCAAAAUGUGCCAAACCUUGCUUUGCAACUAAGUUGGUCAAUAAAUGUUUUAUGUUUUAAUGUCCUUCCAGUGCGCGGCGCAUAAGACAGAUUUACUCAUUACAUGAGAACACUGCGUUGAUUGUUCAUUUAUUUUGAUAUUUUAACGUUGCCAAACGUAUCAUUAUUGAAUAAUUAUUCUUUGGGAAAGGCGGGCAAAGAAACCCUAGUGGUAGCAAAUAAAAAGUAACAUUUACCACACAAUAAAUAAUUUAUGAAAUAAUACUUUUUAAAGAAGAUUCAAUAAAACAAAUUGUGCUGCCUAAUCGCUGCCUCUAAAUAUCCACAUAGUCAAUUGGUUACAAACAUGUAUUCUGGCUAGAUGAACGCUUUUUUUUAUACUGCUGAUUCACAGAGGGAAGUUGAUCCAUUCAUUGAAAACCAUUCUGAAAUGUCCAGUUUCUAUGCUUGAAGAUUCCUGUCAGGGAAGUUUUUUUCGCGUAUUUAAAUUGCAACUGACUUAAUCCCCCAUAAGAAAUAAUUUUAAUUAUAUACAACUGCUUAAUUACCUCACUGGAUGAAUAAUUGUUAAUAUAAUUAAAAUUUAAUAAACUAUGUCAUUUAAAAUAAUAUUUUUUGAACUCCAUUAACUUUUUUUGAAAAUAUCUGACGGAAAACCAAAUUUGAUUCAUAGCCAAAUGUAUCGUUUGGUGUUUGGAUCGCCAACCCCAGGCUUUGACAAACUGAGAGAGACUUAUCAUUGACACCGUGCAAAGCCAUUGCCUCAUGAUUCUAACUUUAGUGAUAAUGUCUUUAGCUGUAAAAUAAAUAAAAAAAUACUACGAACAUUUUUAUCGCGUCAUAACUUAUUGUUUAACCAUUUCUACAAUGUAAAUUAACGAAUGAUAAUAAAGUCGUGAUAUAUAAUAUUCUUUAAACGUACAAGAACGUUAUUUAAAUUAUUUCAAUGAAUAAGCUGACAAUGACGUUGAAAAGAAUUUUUUUUAAAAAGCACGAUUUUUGACAGCGUGGAUAUAUUCCACUAGAAUUUAGGGUAAAAUAAAUGUUACUUUAAGUCCUGGGUACGGAUUAUACACGGAAGCGUCUGUCAGCAAUAGUUAAUAUAACGAUGAAUAGUUUCCGGAUAUUUAGGUGCGACAAAUUCGCCGACUGAGGGCGCCCGUAUCUUAAUGUAGAGAAAGUACUUUAAAUAACACCACUUCACGUGGCAUUGGCAUUGACAUAUUGACAUUACAAUAGUUUAUUUUAAAUUUUGUAAUGGAGUAAAGAGAUUGAUCAUUUGUAUUUGUUCUUUAUUGCCUAUUGUAUGAUUAACCUUAUUAUUGAACAAGAUUAUUAGAUCGUAUCAUACGAACACAUGGCAUUUCAGUUUGUUUUUUGUUUUUUUGCUGAAACAAAACAUGUUUGGGCUUGCAUUAUAUAAGUGAAUUGUUAGAGACUUUAAUCAGGUUGGAAAUGGAAAUUAGUUAAACAGUAUUGAAUAACAUAAAGUAAAAAAUGUAACCUAACAACGAACGCAUCUUCAAGAAGCAUUCAACAGCACGCCAACGACGUUAAAAUUAUAAUUAACUAAAAUAACAUUUAGAUGUAAUGUAGUAUCCUAGAGGACAUCAUAAUGAAUGUGUUAGACUAUAACCAGGUGAGAGAUUAAAUAGUGUAAAAACGCGGAAAGAAGACAGGAACCGGAAGUCCACUUCCAUUGGUCAUAACGAGUAGAGUGCACAGGGAACGUUUAACAGGACCAUGAGAUCAUGACGUGAAUAGUGUAUCUGAUCUAGCAACUUUAAAGUUUAUCAUUAAUGAAGAACUUUGAUAUGGUGAAAAAUAAUCACAACCUAUGAAACGAACUUUCCGUCUUGGCCACCCAACUCGCCACCUGUGCCACCAAACUCUACACAUGGGCCAUCAGAUUAUCCACCUGGGCCACUCAUAAAAAAAAAAUUGCUUUACAGCUUUAAUGUUUAUUUCAGAAAUGUUGAUAGGUUCCAUAACAAGUUUCAAUUACUUUCAAAAAUAUGUUGUAAUUUCAACCCUGACAUUCUUCCUCAUUCGAAUUACGAUUCUUAACAAUGGUAUACCUAAAGCGAUGUAAAAGUAUUAAUUUUCAUUUAACUAUUUAUCUAUAUGACUUAGAUGUGUUUUUUAAAACAAUACAAGCAUAAGAUGUAAGUUAACAUGUAUAUGUCACACUCUGAUGAGGCUGGGCCACCAUUUAAAAAAAAUGAUAAGACUUAUAAUGUUCGCUGUCCCCUUUAAGUAAUAACUUGUGUACUUUAUGCAUAAGUAAUAAUAGCUCAUCUACAGAUAUUUAAAAUGAUCUCCUUCACUAAUAAAUGAUACGACACCUUAUAGUGUUCAAUUGAGACAAUCCGAGUGUAUUAACUUUUACAUAGAUACACUCUUGCGUGAUUGAUCGCAUAUAAAUUAUUUUUUUAAACUUGUUCACACUGUUAUUUUAAUUCCAGCUGAAAGUCUUUGCUCCUUAAAAAUGGACAACGUUGCUUGCUGUGGUAAGAUAUCAUCCCAACAAAUUUUUACAUAAAUGUUUAUAUCGUAUUAUCGGAUAUGGAUGGAGAAAUGAAAGAUAACGUAUAUCUUUUGUAUUCUGCAUUCUUAAAAUCAUAAUAUAUAUUCUCCAGCAAAAAAUUCCAAAGAAUAUAAUUAAAUUGAUUAAAUAGCUUAAUUAUGUUAUUAUAUUCAUUAAACUCAAUUAACAUCAUUUCAAAGAGAGGAAUAAUUAAUCUAUAUACAUUUUUGAUUUGUAAAUACAAGACGAAGUAAAAUAUUCAAGAAUACCUAAAAUAUAUUUACAAGAUGUAAUUGAUACAAUAAUCUCUACUUUCAAUUACAGAAGCAGAUGAUGAUGGAAUAGACAUAAAUGUUGUUUUACCGAACCCUGGGGUGCCUGGCUCAAAAUUAAAUCAGAUUCGAAUCCAGCUGACUGACGUCAAUGGAGACGACCAUCUGGUCAAAAAAGUGAGAUUAUACAAUGUGGUGUGCAUACAUCGUGUGUGCAGUGGGGGACUUGGGAGUCCUAUGAGCCAGGGCAAUCAUAGUUAAUCAGAGAAUUAAUAUGUAAGUUUAAUUAAAUGUAGAAUUGGCUCAGGCUGAGAAAAAUUAACGUACCCUGGGAGACCACUUGAAUUUCUCCGGGCCAGUCAACACCUGGAGUGUAUGAUUUGUAUCCAAUUAUAGCUCCGUUUUGUCUACACUUGUUUUCACUUUGAGCAAACACACACACACACAAAUGCAAUAGAUAGUUCGGAUCCCCGAACGUCACACAGAUGUAUCCACAUAACUCAAUAUGCAAUCAAGUCAAACACUAACUACACAAGUUUCAGAAUUCACAUAAGCACUUUAUUUUUUAUUUCUUUGUCAUUACCACGUCGUCUAAACAAAAAUUGUGACUAUAAAUCAUGAAUUUUUAUACCAAUGCCUUUAGUAGUACUCAUGUUACAAACACCAUAGGUCACAAACAUUUUAUUUCCACAGAUAAAAGAGCAAAUCUUUAGGAAAUUCAACAUAAAAGAAUUGCCAGAUAAGUACAAGAUGCUGGGCAACACAUCUUGGCACCAGGCCAUUAUGCAAGAUAAUGUGAAAAUAACUCAAUUUAUGGAGUACCUCACCAGUGGAUUUUUCACAUUUGAACCUAUAUAAGAGAAAUAUAAUUAUGUGUCGAGGGCUAUGUUUGUUUUUCCUAACAUGUAUGACGUUGUUCGUCAAAGAACAUCUGAAUUGGUCAUUAGUGGUAACAUAUACAAACAAAUCAACAAUAGACUUACCUGACGUGCUAGACAACCAGAGAUUUUAAGAACAAAAAAUUAAUAUACCAAAUUGCUCUUCUAAACAUAUAGGUGAAAAAAAAUUACUUAUUUUUAUAUAAAUUUAUUUUUCUAAUUAGCGAAAAAGUAAUAUUUAAGCCUAAGCGAUCUUAAGCAACAACACAAUUAAAUUAAUUUGAUUUCAAAAAAUAAAUACUUUCGUUUAAAUUAAAAUGUAUAUGGGCUACAAUCAGGGCCGCGCCAGAGUAUUAGGCACCCUAGGCGAACUUGUCGCGCUGCGCCCCCCCCCCGCCCACGGCAACUAAUUAUUCAAUUAAUAGUGCCGCCCCCCUAAAAAUUUGACACCCUAGGUGGCCGCCUAGUUCGCCUAAUGGUUAAACCGGGCCUGGCUACAAUACUUCUGACUACUGGUGUAAGGCUUGGAUAGUUAUAUUUAUGUUGAUCCUUUCAUUCUUUUUAACGCAUAAGGAGGAUAUAGAUAAAUGACGUUAAUUUAAUUUGAAAUUAUAUAAAUGUAUUUAUUGUUCUGAGGAAAGCAUUAGCCGAACGUCUGCAUUUAUAAUUUGUGUAACUAUUUAUAAAAAAUAACGUAUGUUGUUGUUGUUUCUUUGACACACAACGGUUGUGCCUGAUUCAUCUACAACGUAUUAAGAUCAAACGAAUGCCACUAAGACCAGGAAGUUUGGAAAUACUCAUAUAGACCAUAUUUUUUAAAGAUUUUGUUUUAAUAUGUUCAAGUUUGUUAAAAUGCAAUUCAAAAUAAAGUCAAUUUAAAAAAAAAAAUAUGUUACUCAAUCUCUUAUU